UCCAGUUGGACCCAGCCUGCUACAUUAUAAAGUGAUGUAAACUUUCGUCCCAAAGGCCUGCGGUUGUUGUUUUGGUAUUUGCCCUAGUUCAGGUCUUUGCCUUCACUGUGCAGGUCACCGUCUGACAGGAAAAACUUUCCGGCCUGUAUUGAGGAGUAGGAGUGUGCUUUGGACUGCUUUCUGCUGAGAGUUUAAUCAGAAAGAUCAGCUCUCCCUUUGUGUGAAUAUCACAAUGGCGCCUGCUGUUGGAGGUCCUGUGGGAUACACUCCCCCAGAAGGAGGCUGGGGUUGGGCGGUGGUAGUUGGUGCCUUCAUAUCUAUUGGUUUCUCCUAUGCCUUCCCAAAGUCCAUCACUGUGUUCUUCAAAGAGAUUGAAGUGAUCUUCAAUGCCACAAGUAGCCAAGUGUCCUGGAUCUCCUCCAUCAUGCUAGCUGUCAUGUAUGCAGGAGGUCCAAUCAGCAGUAUCCUGGUAAAUAAGUAUGGCAGUCGACCAAUCAUGAUAGUGGGUGGCUGUCUUUCAGGAGUUGGACUCAUUGCUGCCUCUUUCUGCAACACAGUGGAAGGCUUGUAUUUCUGUGUGGGUGUGGUAGGAGGUCUCGGCCUUGCAUUCAAUCUCAACCCAGCCCUUACUAUGAUUGGCAAAUACUUUUACAAGCGGAGGCCCAUUGCUAACGGAAUUGCCAUGGCUGGCAGCCCAGUGUUUCUAUCCACUUUAGCUCCUUUGAACAGCUGGUUUUAUGACCAGUUUGGCUGGAGGGGAAGCUUCCUUAUCCUGGGUGGGCUUCUGUUCAACUGCUGUGUAGCUGGAUCUCUCAUGAGGCCCAUUGGGCCAAAGCCCAAGCCUGCUGUGAAGAGUUCUGUCACUUCAACGGAGAGGAAAACAGUGAUGGAGAUGGUCAACAGUUUUAUUGAUCUGUCCCUCUUCAAACACCGUGGCUUUCUCCUGUACCUAUUGGGCAACAUGGUCAUGUUCUUUGGCCUUUUCACCCCACUUGUCUUUCUCAGCAAUUAUGCCAAGAGUAAACAUAUUUCAAAAGAGAAAGCUGCUUUUUUGCUCUCAGUUUUGGCUUUUGUGGACAUGGUAGCACGACCCUCCAUGGGAACCGUGGCUAACACCAAAUGGGUGAGGCCUAGGGUGCAAUAUUUCUUUGCAGCUUCUGUUAUGUUAAACGGUGUGUGCCACCUGCUUGCACCUCUGUCAGUGGACUAUUUAGGGUUUGUGAUCUAUGCCAUUUUUUUUGGCUUUGCAUUCGGGUGGCUGAGUGCUGUGCUGUUUGAGACUCUGAUGGAUCUGGUUGGAGCAGUACGCUUCUCCAGUGCUGUGGGGCUGGUGACCAUUGUGGAGUGCGGGCCAGUGUUACUUAGUCCUCCCUUGUUGGGAAAGUUUAAUGACAUCUACCAUGACUACAAGUACACUUACAUGGGCUGUGGAAUAAUCCUGUUGGUUGGAAGCGUGUUCCUCUUUGUCGGCAUGGGCAUCAACUACAGGUUGCUGGAUAAGGAAGCAAAGGAGGAAGCUAAAAGAGCCCAGCUAAGAGCAAAGGAAGAUGAAACCACCAUGGACAUUGCAGACAAGGACUCUGGCAAUGAGGCAGCUGCAUCACUGCGAGUUGGGGAUCAUUCCAAAACUGCAGAAGAUGCUGUGUGAAGUCAUCUACACUCUUAAAAAUGAAGGUUCUUUGGGGGUUCUUUAGCAAACAAAAUGGUUCUAUAUAGAUG